AAGGUGGUGCUCUUCAUUGAUGAUCUCAACAUGCCAGCUCUGGAGACUUUUGGUGCCUCACCGCCAAUUGAACUGCUGCGGCAAAUGAUGGGCAACGGGGGGUUCUACGACCGCAAGGUUGCAGGAUUCUGGAAACACGUGCAGGAUGUGACGGUUGUGGCUGCGUGUGGUCCACCGGAGGGCGGGCGAAAUCCGGUGACGGCACGACUCACACGACUUUUUCAUUUACUUCACAUUCCGACGCUUAGUGAUGAGUCGAUGAAACGCAUUUUUCACUCUAUUUUGCAGGGCUUCUUCCAAGCAAAGAACUUUAGUGGGGAAGUACGGGAUAUGGCCAAGUCUCUUGUGAACGCCAGUGUCGAAAUAUUUAACAAGACCCGUGAUACAAUGCGACCGAAGCCCACAACACCUCAUUAUACAUUUAAUCUGAGAGAUCUGGCGAAGGUAUUCCAGGGCAUUACACAGGUGACCCCGCGUGUAUGUAAAUUGAAGCGCUCUGUUACCCGACUGUGGAUUCAUGAGCUGUUACGCUGCUUCUAUGAUCGUCUGGCGACGCAGGAAGACCGUACCUAUUUUACUGAGGAUCUAAUGAUGGACGCACUGACACGUUUUGUUUCAGGACAGCACUCACAUGCGGAUUACUUUGAAGGAGAUCCGCUUGUAUGGGCAGACUUUCUUCGCAUAGGUGCCGUAGAUCGGGUGUAUGAGGAACUGACAGAAUUUAAGAAGCUUCCUGGAAUUUUGAGUGACUACCAGGAUGACUAUAACGCAUACAUGAGUGGAGGAACGGGUCGUGAAGAUGAUGACGGCAGUGGUGGUGCGAAAUCCGUUUUGAAUCUUGUUUUUUUUAAGGAUCACUGUGAACACCUGGUACGUAUUAUUCGUAUCCUGCGUCAGCCACGAGGCAAUGCCCUCUUGGUGGGGGUUGGAGGCUCUGGGAAGCGCUCAUUAACGCGUCUAGCGGCGUCCAUAGCUGAGCGGCAAACGUUGGAAAUUGCCGUUGGUAAAGGCUACUCCAUGAACGAGUUCCACGAGUUUCUUUUGGACCUUUACACAACAGCUGGCGUUCAAUGUAAGCCGUGUGUUUUCCUCAUUUCAGAUAAUCAAAUCGUGCAUGAGGGGAUGCUGGAAGACGUGAACAAUAUUCUCAACUCUGGGGAGGUUCCGUCUCUCUUUACGCCGGAUGAACGAGAAAAACGCGUCAGCGCCUGCCUUGAGGCAGCCCAGGAACGUGGAAUUUCUGAUCGUGAUGAUGUGUAUAACUUCUUCAUCUCACGUGUUCGUGAUAACAUGCACAUUGUCCUUUGCAUGAGCCCCGUCGGUGAUACAUUCCGUACGCGCUGCCGUCAGUUUCCGUCCCUCACAAACUGCUGCGUCAUUGACUGGUUCGACGAGUGGCCAAAGGAGGCGCUCCUUGGUGUGGCGCAGCGACUCUUUGAAGACGCUGAUGGAGGUGAGUCGAAUCAACUGCUGCCAAUAUUGGCGCCUCUUUGUGUUGAUAUCCACACGACGGUGAUUCGUGUGGCGCAUGAAUAUUGGGAGGAGCUGCGACGGCGCUACUACAUCACACCAACCUCAUACUUGGAGUUUAUUGAGCUCUACAAGGCUCUUUACAGUGAGCAGCGCGCUGUGCUGGAGGAACAACUGUCUCGUGUCGUCAACGGCAAACAAAAGAUGAAAGAAACGGAUGAGACCAUCGCAAAAAUGAAGGAAGAGAUGAGACAAAACGCCCC